AGCGGCGACAGCAGCAGCAGCAGCAGCAGCAGCAGCAGCAGUAGCAGCAGCAGCAGGGCUCGGCCGAGAGUCUGCGCAAAUUUUACGCGUGUCAGUAGCAGUUCUCAUCAUUGUGCAAGGAUAACAACAGUUUUUCGUGCCGCUUCGCGACUCGGGGGAAAGCGUCGUUACAAGUGAGCGUGGUUCAAAGGCGCACCGUUGUCCUCUUUUACCUUCCUCCUUACGGCGUGCAUCGGCGUUCGUUUGGCGGCCUGAUACGCGCGAGGAUUUAUCCAAACAAGGAGCUGUUAAAGCCGAGACCAAGGUGCGAGAGCCGCGUAUACACGGAGGUAAACCUGCAGCGCGUAUGCGCGAGGGCUCCGACUCCUCGACUAUCUCUCGGAAGGACCCGUCUCUUUGGCGCAACGGACGUGGACGUCGCCAGAGCGAGUCGCGACUUUAAUGGUGAUCAGCCGGGGGCCGGAAGCAUGCAGCAGCAGCGGCGGCAGCAGCAGCAGCAGCAGCAGCAGCAGCAGCAGCAGCAGCAGCAGCAGCAUUACGAGGCGCGCGACAUCGAGGACGAGGAGCUGAACAUCAGCUGCCGCACGACCAACAGCUCCGGCUGCGACGUCGAUGACGUGUGCGCGCUCGAUACAUCGACCGAGGACCUCGAGGCGUGUGGCACCGCCGACCUCCUUCUCCAUUUGCCCCAGCCGAGGAAGCUCUCCUUCGACAACGGCAUGGACUUCAGUGACGACGGCGGUGGUGGCGACGGUGGUGGUGGUGAUGGCGGCGCCGCCACCGCCGCCGCUGAGCCGACGGGCUCCGGGUCCAGUGACAGGACGCCCUCGGUUAUGUUGACAGGUCCUAUGGGAAUUAAGCAAGGACACCGCGAGGGAGCCCCACAAUGCAGAGUGAUCUUAGCAUGUAGUCCACCUUACAAGCGAGUACGUGCGUUAAGGCUAUUCGACUCGCCCGCAACACCAAAAACGCUAAUUGAAAAAAGCGCAAUGCACACACCUAUACCAAAUAAAUGUUCGAGGCUGUUUCAUCCGGAUAAGCCUAAAGCUGUCCCGUCUUCGUACCAGAGCAAAUCUGAUAAGCCAACGGCAAACAUCAAUCCAUUUACUCCAAAUGGAAUGCUACUCACUGCGAGGAAGAGAACCAGAUCCAAACGAAGUUUAGUUGGGUCGCCAGAGCUGCGAAUACCAAAGUUUGACCUGAUAGACUCGGAGGAGUCGGAUAACGAUCUCGAGCAGCCAACGAAACGCGUCGCCCUUCACGAAUCAAAUAUCUCGCGCUAUUACCAGGAAUUCCUCGAGCUGGAGCUCCUAGGUACCGGUGAGUUCGGUUCCGUCUACAAGUGCACGCACCGGCUCGAUGGCUGCAACUACGCUGUGAAAAAGAGCAUAAAGCCGGUGGCGGGCAGCGUGAACGAGAAGAACGCGCUGAACGAGGUAUACGCGCACGCGGUCUUGGGUAAGCACCAGCACGUCGUCAGGUACUAUUCAGCCUGGGCGGAGGACAAUCACAUGAUCAUUCAGAACGAGUAUUGCAACGGUGGCAGUUUGGCGGACGCGAUUAACAAUUUGAGGCAGGAGAAGAGGCACUUUUCCGAGGCAGAGAUUCGGCAGCUCCUGUUGCACAUCGCCGAGGGUCUCCGAUACAUUCACAGCAUGCAGUUGGUGCACAUGGACAUCAAGCCAGGCAACAUAUUCAUAUCGCGAGAGAAGAGUCAGCUGCGAGUGAACUACGAUUCGGCCGACGACGGCUUUGACGAAGAAGAGACUGAGGAGGAGAUCACCUACAAGAUCGGCGAUCUGGGACACGUCACUUCGAUAAACAACCCGCAGGUGGAGGAGGGCGACUGCAGGUAUCUACCGACCGAGAUCCUCCACGAGGACAUUACGCACCUGACGAAGGCUGACAUAUUCGCACUGGGACUGACAAUGUAUGAGGCGGCUGGUGGUGGUCCGUUGCCCAAAAAUGGACCCGAAUGGCAUGACAUCAGGAAGGGCCACCUUAAGGAACUGCCGCAGUACAGUAGGGAUCUCAACGAUUUGCUCAAGCUAAUGAUCCAUCCGAACCCGGAGAUGCGACCGUCCGCGGUGAGCUUGAUCCAACACCGGGUCCUCAGCCCUAAUGGCAACAAGACCAAAGCUCAGUUGCGCCGCGAGCUGAACGCCGAGCGUCUCAAGAACGAGAUACUCUCGAAGCAGCUCCAGGAGGCGGCCAAGUGCCUGAAAACCAUCGCACCCAACAUGGUCGCCAUUAAUAAUGGCCAGAUGAACACUGGGGUUGCCAACGGUGGCUACAGGCUCAGACCCACGCCCACGAGGACGUCGUCGCGUGUCCUUGGCAAGAAGGUCAAUCGCAGUAACAGCACAACGAAUUUUUGAGAGCUGCAUGUGGAAAAUAAUAAGCUGUGUUUAUCCAUUACUUUCUUUCUAUGUAACGUGCUUUUUAAGAUACGCAGAGAGAAAGUGAAAGACGGCGAGCGCGCGCGCGCAUAUACAAGAGGGAAAGAAAGAUCGCGGCACCCGUCGGUGCUUUUUGUAUUGUGAUAUCCGGUUAUUACUUUUUUAGUCUGUAAGUCAUCAGAGAGAACUAAUCGUUCAUCUUUUUUGAGAUCAGGGACCCUGAGCAGAAGCAAGAGUUUUUUUUUAAUUUUACGAUGAUGUUGAAUUUAUUGCAGUAAUUUUAUUGCCCCGAAAGAGGCGCUUCUCGAACUUUUAUUUUAUAUACCAAGUAUUCAAAUAAAUGAUGUAUAAUUUUACAACUAAUAUUUAAU